ACAACAAUAGCAGAUCCCACAACAACCACAACUGCUUCCACAACAACCCCAGCUGCUCCCACAACAACAGCAGCAGCACCAACGACAACUACAGCUGCGGCUACAACAACAACAGCUGCACCCACAACAACCACUGCAGCUCACACAACAACCACUGCUGCAGUUAUCACAACCACAGCUGCUGCUACUACAACAAUAGCAGAUCCCACAACAACCAUAGCUUCUUCCCCAACAACCACAGCUGCUCCCACAACAACCGUAGCUGCUCCGACAUCAACCACAACUGCUCCCACAACGACCAGAGCUGAUUCCAUAACAACAGCAGCAGCACCAACGACAACUACAGCUGCGGCUACAACAACUACAGCUGCAUCCUCAACAACCACUGUAGCUCACACAACAACCACAGCUGAAGUUACCACAACUGCUGCCACGACAACAAUAGCAGAUCCCACAACAACCACAGCUGCUCCCUUAACAACCACUGCUGCUCGUAUAACAACUGCAACUACACCCACAACAACCAUAUCUUCUCCCACAACAACCACAUUUGCCCCCAUAGCAACAGCAGCUGCUGCAAUAACAACCACAGUUGCAUCAACAACAACCACAGCCAUCCUCACCACAACCACAGCCGCUCCCACAACAACCACAGCUGCUGCUACGCCAACUACAGCUGCUCCAGCAACAACCACAGCUGCUCUGAUCAAAGCUACCACAACACCGGCACCUCCACCACCGGAGGUGAAGUUGGAGUUCAAAUUAGAGCAAAACUUCACGGCAGACUUGAAUAAUACAUCUUCAGCAGAGUUCCAUGCAUUAGCAACCAUUGUGGCUACAGCGUUGGACACAGUUUACCAAAACAAAUAUGGAUCCCGUUUCAAUCGCACAGAGGUCCUAGGUUUCAGUGAAGGUUCGGUUGUGGUAGACGCUAAGCUGAUAUUUAACAAUGCCAGCUCAGUCCCUGAGUCCAGUGCGGUGGUCACAACUUUGACAGAGAGUGUCUCAAGCAACAGCUCUAAUUUUUCUCUCCCAUUGAACACAGCUUCUAUCACAGCAACAAGAGUUGUUUCAACCCCAGCUCCAACUACUACUUCUACUCCGGUUCCUCCAAUGUCAACAGUGUAUAUGGUCGUGCACGCAACGUCCGCCCCUUUGAACAUGUCAAUGCAGCACAUUACAGGGAAUGCAACUUCGGCCCCCUCAAACGUGUCAACUACAAACACGGUAGUUGACACGGUACUCAACACAACAGCCCCUGCAACGAACGCAGUAGUCAAUGCAACGGCACCUCCAACUACUCCAGUAGUCAAUGCAACAGCUCCUCCAACUACCACAGUAGUAAAUGCUACUGUAGCUCCAACCGCUCCGGUAACCAAUUUGACCGAAACACCAAAUAUCCCAGUACCAACUAUCCAAGUACCAACUACCCAAGUGCCAACUACAAAGACAGCCCCAGCAACAGAGGAGCCAUUGACCAGCCCUCAACUGUCACUGCAGUUCAGCCUGACAUCUAACUUUACUAGCUCUCUGAGCAACAGCAGUUCACCAGAGUUCCUGGCAUUGGCUAAACAAGUGUCUACACAGCUGGAUAACUUGUUCAAGGCUGAAUUUGGAGCCAGAUUUAUUCAAACUGUUGUCAAUAGAUUCCGGUCAGGAUCAAUUGUGGUGGAGUCUACGUUGAUAUUCAACAACAUCAGCUCAGUGCCUAACACUAGCCUGUCAGCACAAACUUUACAAACUGCCAUUACUUCCAACACCUCUGGCCUGACCUUGCCUGUUAAUUCAUCGUCCAUUGUGGUCACGCGCACUACUACAAUGACUACUGCAGCUCCAACCGCAGCAACCACCACCGUUGCAGCAAGUGCUGCUCCAACUGCAGCAAGUGCUGCUCCAACUGCAGCCACUGCUGCUCCAACUGCAGCAAGUGCUGCUCCAACAGCAGCCACUGCUGCUCCAACUGCAGCAAGUGCUGCUCCAACAGCAGCCACUGCUGCUCCAACUGCAGCAAGUGCUGCUCCAACUGCAGCCACUGCUGCUCCAACUGCAGCCACUGCUGCUCCAACUGCAGCCACUGCUGCUCCAACAGCAGCCACUGCUGCUCCAACAGCAGCCACUGCUGCUCCAACUGCAGCCACUGCUGCUCCAACUGCAGCCACUGCUGCUCCAACAGCAGCCACUGCUGCUCCAACAGCAGCCACUGCUGCUCCAACUGCAGCCACUGCUGCUCCAACUGCAGCCACUGCUGCUCCAACUGCAGCCACUGCUGCUCCAACUGCAGCCACUGCUGCUCCAACUGCAGCCACUGCUGCUCCAACUGCAGCCACUGCUGCUCCAACUGCAGCUGUCACCACGCCACCCCCAACAGUGGCCACCACCACCAACGCUGCUCCGGCGGCAGCCACCACCACUGCUGUCGCAUCAACUGAUCCCCCAUCUUCUAGUGAAGGAACCCUGAGUCUUCGGUUUAGCCUCAACCAGAUGUUCACCUCAGAUCUUGCCAACUCGUCCUCUUCAGCAUUCAAGGCUCUGGCUGGCACAGUGGUCUCGGAGGUGAACAAGAUUUUUGUUAACACCCUAAGCUUCAAUCGUUCCAUUGUCAACUCAUUCAAGAGUGGCUCCGUAGUUUCCAACAUGACACUCGUGUUCAGUAACAAAUAUUCGGUUCCCAGUGCAAGCAGCGCACAGGCAACUUUCACCAGCAGUUCCACCUCCCUGAACAUCCUACAGGGCAGCGUCAGUGUUGAGUCAUCAGUCAAUUCAGGAAGUGCUCCCCGACCCACUGCCUUCUGUCUGUCUGCCUUGCCUCUCACGUUGGCACUGCUAAUGGUACAGUUGCUGGGUAACUAAUAGCUUGUGUCAUAGCUGCUGUGGCAUUGGCUUGACCAAUGAACUUGACCAAUUUUGACCAAUUUUCCAGCUCUCAUAGAGACACCCUUAAGAUGAAUGACCUGCUUUGGCAGAAGAAUGCACAAUGGACUGUACCUGUGUUAAUUACAAAAUAAAUAUGUAUUUCAUGUACAUACCCCCAAGUACACAAAAACAAAAACACACCUAAAUGUACUUUUUGAUGUCAAGUAUAAUAUUUGUGACAUUCCUUAAGAAUUCGUGUUGUUUUUUUUCUGCUUAUGAGUAUUGAUAUUCAUAGUAUUGAUAAUUAAGGGAUAAAACAAAGGUAUGGAUUUUUUUUGACAAACCAAUGCUAAAAUGUAUGCAGCAAGGUAAAAUGCCUAUACCUUAUCUUUCAAGUGACUAUACUUAUCCAUAUAGGCUCUCAAAGACAUUACUUAUUUAUUUGGAGCUUGCACAUGUUUUAUCUGUUAGAUUUAUAUGGAAAAUAACUUAAAAAAUGAGAACCUUUCCUGCAACAUGAGACAUCCAAAUCCUAUUGUAUAAUUUGUUUGCUUUUGUGUUGCCUUUUUAAUUAUGAACUGCUUGUAACUACUACAUUUAACUACUACAUUUAACUACUGCAUUUAACUACUGCAUUUAACUACUACAUUUAACUACUGCAUU